AUAAUAAAACGUUUUGGAAAAAGAAAAAGAAAAAGAAAAAGAUGUGAUUUAAAAUGAAGAGAGAAUUUUGCGUAAGUGAAUGGCCGUACAGUUUCUUCCCUAACCGGUGUUCCCGCGCUUUCACAAAACAGCCAUUGAAAAACUGCACUAAGAUUAGCUCAUCAAUCUCCGUUUCUCCAUUCGCAUUUCAACUCCCUUUCUUCUAAAUCCUUUCCCCAAUUCCUUCUUCUCUUAAACAACCAGGUUUUGAUUGACUGGUUACCGGCGACCCAUUUCACCCCACCCCCUCCCCUCCGCCUCCUCCAAAUUUCCCCCCUUUCCGGCCACCGUCGAUCAAAACCUGCCACCUCUUUUCACUUAUUUUACUACCCACCUUCUCAUUUCCGCUAGUUUAAGCUUUCGGUUUUUUCUUUUAAUUAGCUAACAUGGCCACCUCUGUAAAGGGCCUCUUAAAAGGAUUAAGAUACAUUUCACAGAUUUUCGAUGAGAAAGAACCAGAAAUGCAGAUUGGUCUUCCUACUGACGUUAAGCAUGUUGCUCAUAUUGGAUGGGAUGGUCCUUCUGGGAAUCAAAACAAUACUCCUAGUUGGAUGAACGAGUUUAAAUCUUCACCAAAAACUCAAACCUCAAGCGAUUUGGUUAGUUCUAUUGGGGAACUUGAUCUUUCUUCUGCUAAUAUCCCCACUCAAGAGUCUGGAGAGCUAGGUGUGCAAAAGGCAAGUCGAGCACCGAGGUCGAAACGCCAAACAUCGUCCGAGUCUUCGUCAGGUCUAGACUCUUCAUCUACUCGGCGAAACUCAAACUCGGAGAAGGUGUCUAGACGACAACGUUCAUCGUGCCCUUCAGGUGACUCUGGUCCUCAGGACGGUAGUUCUCGAAGUUCACGACGUCGGCGUGGUUCGAAUCAUGGAGUUGAAUCAAGCACAGAAAAUCCUAUCCCAAAACACUCUCAUCGGAGGAAAUCUAAGGGGUCGUCUGACAGUGGUGAAUCAACAAGAUCGUCAAGAUCAAGAGAUAACAACUCUUUAACAGACAUCCCUCUCCCAGUUUUGGAAGCCGUUGAUGAAGAGAAAGGAUGAGAAGAAUUUCCAAACAAGGAACUAAACCGCAUUCUACUUGGGCUGGCUGCUUUCAAAUGGUUACUUGCCUGAGUAAGAACAAAUUUUUGUUACCUUGGAGAUGAUAUGAUUUUAGCUUCAGUAAUCAGUUAUAAUUUUAUUACCAAGAAAGUUGUUUUGUAACAUGUACCAACCAAAAGCCAUUCUUCAAAAGAAUGUACCACAUGUAAUCUGAAUUUUGAAUUUCUACUUA